CUUGGAGGUCGAUGACUGGCGGGACCGGCUCCAGUGCGCAGGCGCGGCUGAGUUCUCCGGAGGGGGCGGGCCGCUCCUGGUGUGCGCGUGCGCAUUGGGGCCGGAGAGCAGAGACAAGGGGGCCUUGGCCGGGACGUGGAAGCGAAGGGUCUUCCUGGGAGCCAGAGAGAUGGCGGACAAGAAGCGCCUGGCCUUCUCCAUCAUCCAGUUCUUACAGGACCAGCUCCAGAACGGAGGCCUCUCCCCAGACGCACAAGAGAGCCUGGAAGUGGCCAUCCAGUGCCUGGAGACGGCCUUUGGGGUCUCCAUGGAAGACAGAGGCCUGGCCUUGUCCCAGACACUGCCUGAAAUAUUUGAUGCUGCUGCAGCAAAGGAGCCGCAGCAAAACACGCCCACCCCAGAGCCAAUCACCCCCUCGGAGGAGGAUGCGGCAGAAGCCGAGCGACUGAAGGGUGAAGGAAAUGAACAGAUGAAAGCAGAAAACUUUGAAAGUGCCGUCGCAUACUAUGGGAAAGCUAUUGAGCUGAACCCCUCCAACGCAGUGUACUAUUGCAACAGGGCUGCUGCUUACAGCAAACUUGGGAACUACGCUGGUGCAGUGAGGGACUGUGAAAGAGCCAUAAACAUUGAUCCCAAAUACAGCAAAGCCUAUGGACGGAUGGGCCUAGCCCUCUCCAGCCUGAACAAACUCUCAGAAGCCAUUGUCUACUAUCAGAAAGCCCUGGAGCUUGAUCCCGACAACGAGACCUACAAGUCAAACCUGAAGGUGACGGAGCAGAAGAUGAAGGAGGCCCCCAGCCCGACAGGAGGUGCUGGAGGCUUUGACCUGGCUGGCCUCCUCAACAACCCUGGCUUCAUGAGCAUGGCAUCUAACUUGAUGAGCAGCCCACAAGUACAACAACUGAUGUCGGGGAUGAUCUCUGGCGGCCACAACCCUCUGGCCACGCCAGGAGCCAGUGCCACCCCCAACGACCUCGCCAGCCUUAUCCAAGCAGGCCAACAGUUUGCUCAGCAAAUGCAGCAGCAGAACCCGGAACUAAUAGAACAGCUGCGGAGCCAGAUCCGGAGUCGGACCCCCAGCGCCAGCAACGAAGAGCAGCAGGAGUGAGGGAGGGAAGGAAGGAGGGAGGGAGCCAGCUACAGAAAAAAGAAACCACCUCCCCCCAAGAGGGACAGUGGAGUGGGAGGAGACCCACACGACAUCUGGUCUGCAUCUUAAAAGAGACAUUUCCGGCGGCCUCUUCCUCUUCCUUGCACCUCCAGCUCUCCUCCUGCGUGGGCUUCUUCCAGAAGGGCUGGCCAGCCCAGACCAGCAGUGACUUAUCCCUCCACUCUCCCCCGUCCCACGCACACACCAUCCCAAGAACCAGCCCCAUGGUGUGGCGGAGGCUUUUAUUCUUUAUUUCUCCCGAGGAAGAAGCGCUCUCACUUCGGAGAACACUCCAUGCCGUGAAACUCCAGCUCAGCUGGGGCCUCGUGCCAUCCGUCUCUCUUCACUGUGGUUCUCACAAGACCUUCUUCCUCACCUCUGGGAAGGAUUUCCUGCUGUGACUUCCUUUUGUGUAACUUUUGCCGAGUCUUCCUGGCACCCACAGGCCGGGCGUUGUCUGUGGGUGGGGAGGAGAUCAAGCCCCACGGUCAAAGAACCCUCCUUCCUUGGGUGGAACAGUAAACAGAAGCACCUGACCGAAGGGGCCUUUUUAAUUUUGUUUCUGGGUGUUGAUCAUGUGUAUGUUGGUGGGGAGCAGGGAGCAGCCCAUCACUGUUUUGAGAGGGAGAGCCUUUUUUCUUGAAAGCCAUUGUGGUGAGCAUGACAUGAGCAUCUUCUCUCUGUAGCCUAGUUGGAGGGGGGCGGGCGGCUUGCGGGGUCCGACCCCUUUCCAGGUUUGGAAAGUGUUUUUAAUCCAACAUUUGAGUUUCUUUGGGGAUUUUUUUUCCUUUUGAGGGUGGGGGUGUUUUGCAUGCCAGGGAGGUUGUGACUGGGUCCCUGUUUUAGCCAAGUACUUCAACCAUGUCAGGAGUCAAGCAGUGCUGCUUCUCUCUUGAGGAACCCACAAGCGGUGGCCAUGGCAGCCUAUGGAUGCCGGUCAGUGAGGCCAGGGAGAAGGCUCAGUCCCCAGGGUUGCUUCUCAAGGGGGGAGCCCUCCGCGACUAAAGCUCUCCCUUGCCCUCAGAGUGGGCUUCCACCUGCAUCCUUCCCCCUCUUCUCUCUGUGUUUGUGUUCCUUGAGGGGGAGGGUUUCUAAGGGUGGAAGGAGGCCUGGCCUGACUGCUGCUGUGCCUCCUCCUCCCUCACAGGUGCCACUUCCUUGGAAGCCAGGCCCAAGGCUGAAGGCUCUCCCUGAACAGCCUUCACCCAGGCCGCCAUGGGGCUCUUGCCACCUCUGGCCUCAGUGGCUAAUGCGCUCAGACAAUGGGAGAUGCAGCAGUCCAGCAACAUCUGGAGGGCCACAUAUGUAGAGCAAGGGGCAGGGCACCGGGGAGCGUUUGGGGAGGAUGGGUGCUGCAGCUUUGGCCUUCUGAGGAGAGUGGCCUGGGGCUCCUUGCCCUCCAUAGAGAGAGGGGGGGGGCUUCCAGAGGGGAUUUGGAAAUGACCUCUUUUCUUCCAAAAGUGGCACUCUUCUUCCCUGCCUCCAACCGUUUUCUAAAAUGUAGGAAAUAAAAUUCUUUUGACACGC